AGGCCUCUGUUUGAUCGUAGAUCCAGGCAGGUCGCAGCGCCCCGGAGGCCUACGGGUGUGCGGACCGCUUCUAAAGGCGCGCAGCUGCGUCUGGGUCUCUGGGCCUUUGUCCCCGCGCACAAAGCCGUUUUCCUUUCCUCCUCCCCUUUGUGUCGACCAAGUGAGGGGUAAACCCCACGCUGGAGAUUCCGGGUCCCUGCGAAUUGGUUAUUCAGCACAUCAUCUUCAGCACAGCACCCUCUGGCGAGCUGUUCCCUGCAGCAGACACCAGGGACCUUCCGGGCCUGUCCUAAAGGCAGUUUGAGGUGGCUCUCUGGGUAGGACCCCCCACACCUUUAAUUGAAGCUGGGUCGUCCCAGACGCACAGCCCUCCCUCAGGUCUUGAAGAAUUCUGUAGCCGUAGCCCUCCGACAGCCAGGGCAUGACCCCAUGAAACUAAAGGACACAGGCCUCACAGUGGAGGCUCAGCAAGACCUUGACACCCCAGGGGAGCAGCAUCUCUGGGCAGCAGUGGGGACCAGUCGUGAUCAUUCUGACCAGGGGCAGUGUGAGUCCAGAUUGGCUUGGGAGCCCAGCCGCUGAGCCAUGCCGGGCCUCGAGCAUCCUGACUUUAGUCCAGCACAGACAAAGAGGAGGUCAUGAGCUGUGGUCACAGCCACAAUGGCAGCGUGGGGCGGCCACUGGCCAGUGGGCCAGGGUUCCCGGGCCGGGAACUUCCAGACCCUGAGGCUGGCCGCCCCCCGCAGUCCCCACACUGCCUGGGCCUGCAGGUGGUGGCUAAGAGCCAGCCUGUCCGGCUGUCACCUGGCAGCAUCCGGCAUCCCCAGGAGCUGGAGGAAGAGGAGGAGGAGGAAGAUGAAGGUGGCUCAAAGCCUCCAACUGUGGGUCACCGCCUGGGCCACCGUCGAGUGCUCUUUGAAAAGCGGAAGCGACUGAGCGACUAUGCACUCAUCUUUGGCAUGUUUGGGAUAGUCGUUAUGGUGACAGAGACAGAACUAUCCUGGGGCGUGUAUACCAAGGCAUCUUUGUACUCGUUUGCACUGAAAUGCCUCAUCAGCCUGUCUACGGUCAUCUUGCUCGGUCUCGUCAUCCUCUAUCAUGCCCGUGAGAUCCAGCUGUUCCUGGUGGACAAUGGUGCAGACGACUGGCGCAUAGCCAUGACGUGGGAGCGUGUGUCCCUCAUCUCACUCGAGCUGGCCGUGUGCGCCAUCCACCCAGUGCCCGGUCACUACCGCUUCACGUGGACGGCACGGUUGGCCUUCUCACUGGCGCCAUCGGCGGCUGAAGCCGAUGUGGAUGUGCUGCUGUCCAUCCCCAUGUUCCUGCGCCUCUACCUCCUGGCCCGCGUCAUGCUGCUACACAGCAAGGUCUUCACAGACGCCUCGAGCCGCAGCAUCGGAGCCCUCAACCGCGUCACCUUCAACACGCGCUUCGUCAUGAAGACGCUCAUGACCAUCUGCCCUGGCACUGUCCUGCUUGUCUUCAGCAUCUCCUCCUGGAUUGUGGCUGCCUGGACUGUACGCGUGUGUGAGAGGUACCACGACAAACAGGAAGUGACCAGCAGCUUCCUGGGGGCCAUGUGGCUCAUCUCCAUUACCUUCCUGUCCAUCGGCUAUGGAGACAUGGUGCCCCACACCUACUGUGGGAAGGGCGUGUGCCUGCUCACUGGCAUCAUGGGAGCCGGCUGCACAGCACUGGUGGUGGCGGUGGUGGCCCGCAAGCUGGAACUCACCAAGGCUGAAAAACAUGUGCACAACUUCAUGAUGGACACACAGCUCACGAAGCGGGUAAAAAAUGCUGCUGCAAAUGUUCUCAGGGAGACAUGGCUCAUCUACAAACACACCAGGCUGGUGAAGAAGCCUGAGCAAGCCCGGGUUCGGAAACACCAGCGUAAGUUCCUCCAAGCCAUCCAUCAAGCUCAGAAGCUCCGUAGCGUGAGGAUCGAGCAAGGGAAGCUGAACGACCAGGCCAACGCUCUGGCUGAUCUGGCCAAGACACAGAGUGUCACCUACGAAGUGGUGUCUGAGCUCCAUGCCCAGCAGGAGGAUCUGGAAGCUCGCCUGGCCUCCCUGGAAAGCCGGCUGGAUGCACUGGGUGCCUCCCUGCAGGCCCUUCCUGGCCUUAUCGCCCAAGCCAUAUGUCCUCUGCCCCCACCCUUGCUUCCCAGGCCUGGCCCUGGAUCCCCCAUCCGUGCCACCCAGAGCCCACCAGGCCGCUGGCUGCCUGCUGCCCCCUCAGACUGUGGAUGAUGGCCCUGCCUGCCCCCAGACACCCUACGUCUUGGCCAUCAUGUGGCCAUCACCGAGUCCACAUAGUCUGGAAGGAAGCUCUGGACGGUGGGGCCUUUUAGACUUCAGGAAGCUGGAGCUGAGUUAGGCUGUGUGGGGUGGGGCUUAUGCCCUUGGACUGUCCCGGCUGGGCUGCAGGAGCAGGCAGGGGUGCCAGGAGCACCCUCUGGUCACCAGACCCCCCAGCUCUCUCCAAGCCCCUGGUGGGCCAGGAGCAGCAGGGUAGGGCCUUUCCAGUUCAAAGUAAACCAGGACCACUGAA